ACUGAUUCCCAUUUUCCUGAAGAUGGACUUAUCACAUUUUAAGACUUUUGUAGCUUAAUGUGUUUAGUUGAUAAGACUAUGCAGCAUAUGCAUAGUGGGCCCCCUGCUAUGUGUUAAAGUGGAAAUUAGAAGGAAUAUGGAGGUAUUCAAGACAAAUGAGAGUCAAAGAAGUAAAAAUGCCAGCCCCUUUGCUGAAGUAAAUAUUUUGCCCCUCCAGUUGGAUAAGAGUUCUGCAGAGAUGGAGGAGUUCAUCCUGAUGAAGCAGCAGCUUCAAGAAAAGGAAGAACUCAUUAACACUCUGCAAACCCAGCUCAGCCAGACACAGGCAGAGCAAGCAGCACAGUUGGAUAAGAGUUCUGCAGAGAUGGAGGAGUUCAUCCUGAUGAAGCAGCAGCUUCAAGAAAAGGAAGAACUCAUUAACACUCUGCAAACCCAGCUCAGCCAGACACAGGCAGAGCAAGCAGCACAGUUGGAUAAGAGUUCUGCAGAGAUGGAGGAGUUCAUCCUGAUGAAGCAGCAGCUUCAAGAAAAGGAAGAACUCAUUAACACUCUGCAAACCCAGCUCAGCCAGACACAGGCAGAGCAAGCAGCACAGGUAAGAUGAUGUUGGUGUCCCCAUUAGGAUAAAGUCCACAGCAAAAGGUCAUUCAAAGUGAAUCAACUUGUGGACAUCAACUGUAUGCACUGGUCAAUACACACCACCUUAGCAAAAUCUCACUUGAGAGGCUACAGAGAUGGUGUUAAGAGCACUGCUCUUGUAGGUGACCCAAGCUAGGUUCCCAGCACCAGCAUCAGGUGGCUCAUAACCACCUGUAAUUUCAGUUCCGGAUGCCUUUUGGCCUCAACAGGUACCUGCAUACAUAUGAUGCCAAUAAACUCAUUCAGGCACAUACACAUACAUAUAAACUUAAAAACCAUGUUUCAAAAAAUCUCAUCUGAUAUAACAGAGAAAAAGUCACAUAGUCAGACAAAAGAAUUGUAUAUAAUGAAAAAAAUUUAUAAUUCA